AUGGCAGCCUCUACUAAAGAACAUAAAAUCGAAACUCCAGAAGCCACAGAGGUGUCUAAGACGUUCUCUGAGACGACAGAAUUCGAAGCAGAAACGGAGAUAGUAUCAGCUGCUACUCGAAAACAUAAGAUCGAAACUCCGGGAGCCACAGAGGUGUCUGAGACGUUCUCUGAGACGACUGAAUCCGAACCAGAAACGGGGAUAGUGGCAGCAUCUACUCGAAAACAUAAGAUCGAAACUCCGGAAGCCACAGAGGUGUCUGAGACGACAGAAUCCGAAGCAGAAACGGAGUUAGUGGCAGCCUCUACUAGAGAACAUAAGAUCGAAACUCCAGAAGCCACAGAGGUGUCUGAGACGUUCUCUGAGACGACAGAAUCCGAAGAAGAAACGGAGAUAGUGGCAGCCUCUACUAGAGAACAUAAGAUCGAAUCUCCAGAAGCCACAGAGGUGUCUGAGACGUUCUCUGCGACGACAGAAUCCGAAGAAGGAACGGAGAUAGUGGCAGCCUCUACUAGAGAACAUAAUAUCGAAACUCCAGAAACCACAGAGGUGUCUGAGACGUUCUCUGAGACGACAGAAUCCAAACAAGAAACAGAAAUAGUGGCAGCAUCUACUCGAAAACAUAAGAUCGAAAUUGCGGAAGCCACAGAGGUGUCUGAGACGACAGAAUCCGAAGCAGAAACGGAGUUAAUGGCAGCCUCUACUGAAGAGCAUAAAAUUGAAACUCCAGAAGCCACAGAGGUGUCUGAGACGUUCUCUGCGACGACAGAAUCCGAAGAAGAAACGGAGAUAGUGGCAGCCUCUACUAGAGAACAUAAGAUCAAAUCUCCAGAAACCACAGAGGAGUCUGAGACGUUCUCUGAGACGACAGAAUCCGAACAAGAAACGGAGAUAGUGGCAGCCUCUACUAAAGAACAUAAAAUCGAAACUCCGGAAGCCACAGAGGUGUCUGAGACGACAGAAUCCGAAGCAGAAACGGAGUUAGUGGCAGCCUCUACUAGAGAACAUAAGAUCGAAACUCCAGAAGCCACAGAGGUGUCUGAGACGUUCUCUGAGACGACAGAAUCCGAAGAAAAAACGGAGAUAGUGGCAGCCUCUACUAGAGAACAUAAGAUCGAAACUCCAGAAGCCACAGAGGUGUCUGAGACGUUCCCUGAGACGACAGAAUCCGAACAAGAAACAGAGAUAGUGGCAGCAUCUACUCGAAAACAUAAGAUCGAAACUCCGGAAGCCACAGAGGUGCCUGAGACGUUCUCUGAGAUGACAGAAUCCGAACAAGAAACGGAGAUAGUGGCGGCCUCUACUAGAGAACAUAAGAUCGGAUCUCCAGAAACCACAGAGGUGUCUGAGUCGUUCUCUGAGACGACAGAAUCCGAACAAGAAACAGAGAUAGUGGCAGCAUCUACUCGAAAACAUAAGAUCGAAACUCCGGAAGCCACAGAGGUGCCUGAGACGUUCUCUGAGAUGACAGAAUCCGAACAAGAAACGGAGAUAGUGGCGGCCUCUACUAGAGAACAUAAGAUCGGAUCUCCAGAAACCACAGAGGUGUCUGAGUCGUUCUCUGAGACGACAGAAUCCGAACAAGAAACAGAGAUAGUGGCAGCAUCUACUCGAAAACAUAAGAUCGAAACUCCGGAAGCCACAAAGGUGCCUGAGACGUUCUCUGAGAUGACAGAAUCCGAACAAAAAACGGAGAUAGUGGCAGCCUCUACUAGAGAACAUAAGAUCGAAACUUCAGAAGCCACAGAGGUGUCUGAAAUGUUCUCUGAGACGAUUGAAUCCGAAGUAGAAACGGAGAUAGUAGAAGCUGCUACUCGAAAACAUAAGAUCGAAACUCAGGGAGCCACAGAGGUGUCUGAGACGUUCUCUGAGACGACAGAAUCCGAAGUAGAAACGGAGAUAGUGGCAGCAUCUACUCGAAAACAUAAGAUCGAAACUCCGGGAGCCACAGAGGUGUCUGAGACGUUCUCUGAGACGACAGAAUCCGAACCUGAAACCGUGAUAGUGGCAGCAUCUACUCAAAAACAUAAGAUCGAAACUCCGGAAGCCACAGAGGUGUCUGAGACGACAGAAUCCGAGGCAGAAACGGAGUUAAUGGCAGCCUCUACUAGAGAACAUAAGAUCGAAACUUCAGAAGCCACAGAGGUGUCUGAAAUGUUCUCUGAGACGAUUGAAUUCGAAGUAGAAACGGAGAUAGUAGAAGCUGCUACUCGAAAACAUAAGAUCGAAACUCCGGGAGCCACAGAGGUGUCUGAGACGUUCUCUGAGACGACAGAAUCCGAACAAGAAACAGAGAUAGUGGCAGCAUCUACUCGAGAACAUAAGAUUGAAAUUCCGGAAGCCACAGAGGUGUCUGAGAUGACAAAAUCCGAGGCAGAAACGGAGUUAAUGGCAGCCUCUACUAAAGAACAUAAAAUCGAAACUCCAGAAGCCACAGAGGUGUCUGAGACGUUCUCUGAGACGACAGAAUUCGAAGCAGAAACGGAGAUAGUACCAGCUGCUACUCGAAAACAUAAGAUCGAAACUCCGGGAGCCACAGAGGUGUCUGAGACGUUCUCUGUGACGACAGAAUCCGAAGAAGAAACGGAGAUAGUGGCAGCCUCUACUAGAGAACAUAAGAUCGAAUCUCCAGAAGCCACAGAGGUGUCUGAGACGUUCUCUGCGACGACAGAAUCCGAAGAAGGAACGGAGAUAGUGGCAGCCUCUACUAGAGAACAUAAUAUCGAAACUACAGAAACCACAGAGACGACAGAAUCCGAAGGAGAAACGGAGAUAGUAGCAGCUGCUAGUCGAAAACAUGAGAUAGAAACUCCAGAAGCCACAGAGGUGUCUGCGACGUUCUCUGAGACGACAGAAUCCGAAGAAGAAACGGAGAUAGUGGCAGCCUCUACUAAAGAACAUAAAAUCGAAACUCCGGAAGCCACAGAGGUGUCUGAGACGACAGAAUUCGAAGCAGAAACGGAGAUAACGACAGAAUCCGAACAAGAAACAGAGAUAGUGGCAGCAUCUACUCGAGAACAUAAGAUUGAAAUUCCGGAAGCCACAGAGGUGUCUGAGACGACAGAAUCCAAGGCAGAAACGGAGUUAAUGGCAGCCUCUACUAGAGAACAUAAGAUCGAAACUUCAGAAGCCACAGAGGUGUCUGAAAUGUUCUCUGAGACGAUUGAAUUCGAAGUAGAAACGGAGAUAGUAGAAGCUGCUACUCGAAAACAUAAGAUCGAAACUCCGGGAGCCACAAAGGUGUCUGAGACGUUCUCUGAGACGACAGAAUCCGAACCUGAAACCGUGAUAGUGGCAGCAUCUACUCGAAAACAUAAGAUCGAAACUCCGGAAGCCACAGAGGUGUCUGAGACGACAGAAUCCGAAGCAGAAACGGAGUUAGUGGCAGCCUCUACUAGAGAACAUAAGAUCGAAACUCCAGAAGCCACAGAGGUGUCUGAGACCUUCUCUGAGACGACAGAAUUCGAAGCAGAAACGGAGAUAGUAGCAGCUGCUACUCGAAAACAUAAGAUCGAAACUCCGGGAGCCACAGAGGUGUCUGAGACGACAGAAUCCGAAGCAGAAACGGAGUUAGUGGCAGCCUCUACUAGAGAACAUAAGAUCGAAACUCCAGAAGCCACAGAGGUGUCUGAGACGUUCUCUGAGACGACAGAAUUCGAAGCAGAAACGGAGAUAGUAGCAGCUGCUACUCGAAAACAUAAGAUCGAAACUCCGGGAGCCACAGAGGUGUCUGAGACGUUCUCUGAGACGACAGAAUCCGAACAAGAAACAGAGAUAGUGGCAGCAUCUACUCGAGAACAUAAGAUUGAAAUUCCGGAAGCCACAGAGGUGUCUGAGACGACAGAAUCCGAGGCAGAAACGGAGUUAAUGGCAGCCUCUACUAGAGAACAUAAGAUCGAAACUUCAGAAGCCACAGAGGUGUCUGAAAUGUUCUCUGAGACGACAGAAUUCGAAGCAGAAACGGAGAUAGUACCAGCUGCUACUCGAAAACAUAAGAUCGAAACUCCGGGAGCCACAGAGGUGUCUGAGACGUUCUCUGAGACGACAGAAUCCGAACAAGAAACAGAGAUAGUGGCAGCAUCUACUCGAGAACAUAAGAUUGAAAUUCCGGAAGCCACAGAGGUGUCUGAGAUGACAGAAUCCGAGGCAGAAACGGAGUUAAUGGCAGCCUCUACUAAAGAACAUAAAAUCGAAACUCCAGAAGCCACAGAGGUGUCUGAGACGUUCUCUGAGACGACAGAAUUCGAAGCAGAAACGGAGAUAGUGGCAGCCUCUACUAGAGAACAUAAGAUCGAAACUCCAGAAGCCACAGAGGUGUCUGAGACGUUCUCUGAGACGACAGAAUCCGAAGAAGAAACGGAGAUAGUGGCAGCCUCUACUAGAGAACAUAAGAUCGAAACUCCAGAAGCCACAGAGGUGUCUGAGACGUUCUCUGAGACGACAGAACCCGAAGAAGAAACGGAGUUAGUGGCAGCCUCUACUAGAGGACGUAAGAUCGAAACUCCAGAAGCCACAAAAGUGUCUGAGACGUUUUCUGAGAUGACAGAAUCCGAAGAAGAAACUGAGAUAGUGACAGCGGCUACUCGAGAACAUAAGAUCGAAUAUCCAGAAGCCACAGAGUUGUCUGAGACGUUCUCUGAGACGACAGAAUCCGAAGAAGAAACGGAGAUAGUAGCAGCUGCUAGUCGAAAACAUGAGAUCGAAACUCCAGAAGCCACAGAGGUGUCUGCGACGUUCUCUGAGACGACAGAAUCCGAAGAAGAAACGGAGAUAGUGGCAGCCUCUACUAAAGAACAUAAAAUCGAAACUCCGGAAGCCACAGAGGUGUCUGGAACGUUCUCUGAGACGACAGAAUCCGAACAAGAAACGGAGAUAGUGGCAGCAUCUACUCGAAAACAUAAGAUCGAAACUCCGGAAGCCACAGAGGUGCCUGAGACGUUCUCUGAGAUGACAGAAUCCGAACAAGAAACGGAGAUAGUGGCAGCCUCUACUAGAGAACAUAAAAUCGAAACUUCAGAAGCCACAGAGGUGUCUGAGACGUUCUCUGAGACGACAGAAUCCGAAGAAGAAACGGAGAUAGUGGCAGCCUCUACUAGAGAACAUAAGAUCGAAACUCCAGAAGCCACAGAGGUGUCUGAGACGUUCUCUGAGACGACAGAACCCGAAGAAGAAACGGAGUUAGUGGCAGCCUCUACUAGAGGACGUAAGAUCGAAACUCCAGAAGCCACAAAAGUGUCUGAGACGUUUUCUGAGAUGACAGAAUCCGAAGAAGAAACUGAGAUAGUGACAGCGGCUACUCGAGAACAUAAGAUCGAAUAUCCAGAAGCCACAGAGUUGUCUGAGACGUUCUCUGAGACGACAGAAUCCGAAGAAGAAACGGAGAUAGUAGCAGCUGCUAGUCGAAAACAUGAGAUCGAAACUCCAGAAGCCACAGAGGUGUCUGCGACGUUCUCUGAGACGACAGAAUCCGAAGAAGAAACGGAGAUAGUGGCAGCCUCUACUAAAGAACAUAAAAUCGAAACUCCGGAAGCCACAGAGGUGCCUGAGACGUUCUCUGAGAUGACAGAAUCCGAACAAGAAACGGAGAUAGUGGCAGCCUCUACUAGAGAACAUAAAAUCGAAACUUCAGAUGCCACAGAGAUGACAGAAUCCGAACAAGAAACGGAGAUAGUGGCGGCCUCUACUAGAGAACAUAAGAUCGGAUCUCCAGAAACCACAGAGUUGUCUGAGUCGUUCUCUGAGACGACAGAAUCCGAACAAGAAACAGAGAUAGUGGCAGCAUCUACUCGAAAACAUAAGAUCGAAACUCCGGAAGCCACAAAGGUGCCUGAGACGUUCUCUGAGAUGACAGAAUCCGAACAAGAAACGGAGAUAGUGGCAGCCUCUACUAGAGAACAUAAAAUCGAAACUUCAGAAGCCACAGAGGUGUCUGAAAUGUUCUCUGAGACGAUUGAAUCCGAAGUAGAAACGGAGAUAGUAGAAGCUGCUACUCGAAAACAUAAGAUCGAAACUCAGGGAGCCACAGAGGUGUCUGAGACGUUCUCUGAGACGACAGAAUCCGAACCUGAAACCGAGAUAACGACAGAAUCCGAAGCAGAAACGGAGUUAGUGGUAGCCUCUACUAGAGAACAUAAGAUUAAAACUCCAGAAGCCACAGAGGUGUCUGAGACGUUCUCUGAGACGACAGAAUUCGAAGCAGAAACGGAGAUAGUGACAGCGGCUACUCGAAAACAUAAGAUCGGAUAUCCAGAAGCCACAGAGUUGUCUGAGACGUUCUCUGAGAUGACAGAAUCCGAAGAAGAAACGAAGAUAGUAGAAGCUGCUACUCGAAAAUAUAAUAUCGAAACUCCGGAAGCCACAGAGGUGUCUGAAACGUUCUCUGAGAUGACAGAAUCCGAAGAAGAAACGGAGAUAGUUGCAGCUGCUACUCGAAAACAUAAGAUCGAAACUCCGGAAGCCACAGAGGUGCCAGAGACGUUCUCUGAGAUGACAAAAUCCGAACAAGAAACGGAGAUAGUGGCGGCCUCUACUAGAGAACAUAAGAUCGGAUCUCCAGAAACCACAGAGGUGUCUGAGUCGUUCUCUGAGAUGACAGAAUCCGAAAAAGAAACGGAGAUAGUGGCAGCCUCUACUAGAGAACAUAAGAUCGAAACUUCAGAAGCCACAGAGGUGUCUGAAAUGUUCUCUGAGACGAUUGAAUCCGAAGUAGAAACGGAGAUAGUAGAAGCUGCUACUCGAAAACAUAAGAUCGAAACUCAGGGAGCCACAGAGGUGUCUGAGACGUUCUCUGAGACGACAGAAUCCGAAGAAGAAACGGAGAUAGUGGCAGCCUCUACUAGAGAACAUAAUAUCGAAACUCCAGAAGCCACAGAGGUGUCUGAGACGUUCUCUGAGACGACAGAAUUCGAAGCAGAAACGGAGAUAACGACAGAAUCCGAAGAAGAAACGGAGAUAGUGGCAGCCUCUACUAGAGAACAUAAUAUCGAAACUCCAGAAGCCACAGAGGUGUCUGAGACGUUCUCUGAGACGAUAGAAUCCGAAGAAGAAACGGAGAUAGUGGCAGCCUCUACUAGAGGACAUAAAAUCGAAACUCCGGAAGCCACAGAGGUGUCUGAGAUGACAGAAUCCGAAGAAGAAACGGAGAUAGUAGCAGCUGCUACUCGAAAACAUAAGAUCGAUACUCCGGAAGCCACAGAGGUGCCAGAGACGUUCUCUGAGAUGACAGAAUCCGAAGAAGAAACGGAGAUAGUGGCAGCCUCAACUAGAGAACAUAAGAUCGGAUCUCCAGAAACCACAGAGGUGUCUGAGACGACAGAAUCCGAAGCAGAAACGGAAGGUGCCUGA